UUGAGAGGAGAGUGGGAGAGACUGAGAGAGAGUAGGAGGAAUGAAAAUAAGAGUUUAUAUGCAAGUCAGCAUCACAACUGGAUGCACAGCAUUUCAUCAGCACAGACCCUUAUGUUACAUAAAGCAAGGGGUGUCUAGAGAAAUUCUUAGCACUGAAAGCCACCCAACAGUUCUCCAGUUAGUGUGAUGCCAUAGUCUCCUAAGACUAAGCAAGUAAUUUUAAAGAGAGAAAGAAGAGGACAACAGAUUAUUUCUGUCAAAUGUGAUACUGUGUAGUCUUUUUUGUGCUCAUGGCAAAAAAUACAGGUUCCUUCUCAGUUUUAGAAAAAUGGGAUUCUGUACCAAAUUCCAAUGAACAGUCAUCCGAACACAUUUUUAAAACACCUUCACCCUUUUGGAAUCAGGAAUUAAUAUUCAGAAGACCUAGACAUGUCCGGGAAUCCACACCUGAUACUGUCACAGAUGCAUUUAACUUGUAUAAUUACAGGUGUGGAGCGAAUCAGAUCCACCCUUCACUGAGUCAGAACCCUACUAGCUGUAGAUAUCUGCCUCCUUCAUCAAAAUUAUUUGUGACUGACCCAAAUACACUGCAUAGUAUUGGAAGGGGUACUUCAUACUGGAGUUAUUUAACUCCAGAAGUCGGACUUGUCAAAGGUUUCAGAAAGCUGCAAAAUCCACAAAUCGACCCGUCGUCAGCUUCAUAUUUCUAUACAGGGGUUGUUAGGGAUGUUCUAAAAAGAGAUAUUCCAACUGAAGAAGUCAAAAUGUGCAUGCAAAAGGAGAGACCGAGGUAUUCACAUUGGUACCACAAACCACAAAGUCAAAGAAUCUGCUCUAAAAGAGACAGUGAGAGACAUUAUGUGAAAAACAACCCACUGCUAGGUUCUCUACUAUAUACAGAUUCUAAUAAGGAACAUUUUAAACAAAACACAAUGUAUAACCAUCACCAGCCGCUUGAUUUUAACCGUUCUACUCAUGCUGUGCCUGAAGAAUCAAAGUGGCAAAGUGAAAAGCAUAAAAGAGAGGAGCUUCCCCUACUGGUCUGGAGAGGAGAUGCAGAAAAACACAAUUACCAAUCGAACACUAGCACACCCUCUAAAUCUUCCUCUUCUGCCCUAUGGAUUCUCCGUCGCUUUGUAGAAGGCUCUUUGGUGGAGCUUGAAGGUGGUCGACUGAAGCGGGUGGAGGAUUUAAGGACAGAGGAUUUGGAGCAGUGUGCUCAAUUACAUCCUGAGCUGAUGCUGAAACGUUUCACUGUGUUAAAGAUCACACCUUCACACACACCUGCGCUCUCUUGUUUGCACGUGGAGAUUGAGCAUGACCACUCACUGUUGUUUCUGGAGGUGAGUGAAGGGCUGCCUUUCUUCGUUUGUGGGCGUGGCUGGUCCUCCUGUAACCCUCAACACACAAGUCAAUCCUGCAGACUACAAUGCCAUCAACUAAAGGUGGGUGACGUGUGCUUGGCACUGACGCAUAUGCCCGCACCUUCAUCACAACCUGCCAAUCAGGGCCUAACUGAAAUGGGUGGAGAUCACUUGGUCCUGAAGUGUCAUGCCGAAAAGAAGCCCACACCACAGAUAAAAGAUAGAUCAAGAAAGAGACACUUAACAGCACCUGAGUUCAGGGAAAUUUCCAAGAUACACCACAUCCAAGAUUGAAAAGCUGAAUUAUAUAUUGUUGAAUUUUAACAAAAGGUUUGUUUGUUUUUUAUCAGAAUUACAUUCAAGAAAUUAUUUUAUUGUACAUAAGUCUGUGUACAUUGUAACUGCCAUCUUUUGCAUAUAUGUGUAUGUACAGAGUAACUGCAAUGUUACCUAAUCAAUUACACUACCAUUCAAUAGUUUGGUGUCACUGAGAUUUAUUGUCACACUUUAUAUGAGGUUAACUUUGUACUACUAUGUGCUUGCAUUCCAAAAAAAAAUAAAUAAAUAAAUAAAUAAAUAAAUAAAAAUGUUAGGUACAAUGCACUUAUUGAGUUUAUGCUGUAUUGCAAACGCUUUUGCUGCUAUUGAGGUGGGAUACAGUACGAUUAAGGGUUUAGUUCACCCAAAAAAAAAAAUCUGUAAUUAAUUACUCACCCUCAUGUUGUUCCAAACCCCCAAAACUUUUAUUUAUCUUCGGAACACAAAUGAACAUAUUUUUGAUGAAACCUGAGAGCUUUCUGUCCAGCUACGUGACUACCACUUUGACGCUUCAAAAAGUUCAUAAAGAGAUUGUAACCAUAAUGAAUUGAGUGGUUUAGUCCAAAUUUUCUGGAGACACGAUCGCUUUAUAUGAUGAACAGUUUGAAUUUAGGCUUUUAUUCACAUAUAAACAUUCCAUCAACUCACAUAUCAGUUGUGGUAAAUGAAAGCUCAAGCAUGUUAGCUUGAUGUGCGAAAAUAUCUUCAUUUGUGUUCCGAAAAUGAACGAAAGUUUUAGGUUUGGAACGACAUGAGUGUGAGUAAUUAGUGACAAACUAUCCCUUUAAGGUAAGGAUUGGUGGUAUGCAAACGCUUUUGCUGCUAUUGAGGUGGGAUACAGUACGAUUAAGGGUUUAGUUCACCCCAAAAAAAAUCUGUAAUUAAUUACUCACCCUCACCCUCAACUUUUAUUUAUCUUCGGAACACAAAUGAAGAUAUUUUUGAUGAAACCUGAGAGUAAUUAGUGACAAACCAUCCCUUUAAGGUAAGGAUUGGUGGUAUGGGUAUGUUUAAGGGUGGGGAAGGUCAACAGUGUAAUUAUAGAUGUAAUUACAGAAAUAAAUUACAGCUAUAAUCACAUGCAGGUUUUUUUAAAAAUAUAAAUACAAUGUAAAAACUUGUACACAAUAAGUGCACUUUAUCUGUCACAGCUAUUUUCAGUUAGUUUCAGUUUUCAUGGACUUUUAGUUUGUUUUCAUUAGCUCCUGUGUUCCUUUGUGUGAUUUCCCCGUUUCUCCUUUGUUUCUAUGGUUACAGAUUAUUACUUUGUUGGGUUCAGCUGUGUUUGACUACAUAUCUUGUUUGAAUCUGCACUUAAGUUCCGUUCUUUUCUCAGCUCACUGUCAGUUGUCAUUUGUGUAUGUAUACAUGCUUGCACGCUGUUACGCCUUAUCACCUGCUUGUGGAUUAAACCUCAUUUAUUUUGAA